AUGGUGCUAGAAGGACACGACCUCCCAUGCAAUCUCUGCCAGGCCAUCAUUCCACCAGUCCCGCAAGACCUCAACCAUGUCGACGCGCCGGUUCCCAGGCUGGCAUGGAAUCGAGAGGCCAGGGCAGUGAGAGCAUUCAGAGACACUUCCUCUCCCUUCCUUACUGGUGUUGGCUAUUUGACCAGGUGGGGAGUGCUCCAGGCUAGUCAUGAUCCUGAUGUUCCCUACUUGACAGAGGCAGGGCUGCUCAAUCCCAGUGCUCGGAAUGAUGUUGUCUUGGGCCAGUCUGGCAACAGUCAGGCUAACAACCCCAAGUAUCUCACCUUCGUCUUCCACGAUGCUUGCUGGCAACUGUUCUUGGCCGGCAUUCUGCGCCGUCUCCCAGACUUUGUCACAACUUGCCGCACCCCCCAAGAGCAGGUUGGACUUGUCGCCGAGGCUUUGUUCAGAUAUCUCUCGUGUAUGCCACUCACCAAGCUCAACCACGUGGUGGUUCAGCACGAACUCGCCUCUUACCGCGCCGUCGAUUACGUUUGGCCCCGGGACUACGCUACCCCCGACGAGGCCAUUAUAAUGGCAAAUCCCUCUAACCUACCAACACUGGACGGUUUACCACAAGUGGCUGGCCAUCAACAUAAUGACCACCUUUACACCAUCAACCCCAACUUUCACUCCUCGUCUUCAACAGAUGCUCCCUUUUCCACGCUCCCCGAAGAGUUGAUUCACCAGAUUCUGAAUCUCCUCCCUUCCCCUGAUGUCUGCAACCUUCGCCUAGCAUCUAGGUCGGUUGCCAGCGUCUCGAGCCCUUUGCAGCUUCCCAUGUCCUUCUGGGCCAGUCGCUUCGAGUGUGAAAACGACAUGGGCUUCUUCUACCCUGGCCGUCCCUUUCCCGAUACCAAGCCACCUACCGAUUAUCGUCAACUCCAUUCCACACUCAGGCUCGAGUUGAGCAAGGUGACUGAAGUCAUGAACCUGAGAAACAGACGCCGUAUCUGGUGCAUGUUGCAAGACAUGUCCCGUUGCAUUACUCUGGCAAUUGAGCACAUCUGGUCGUCAACGGACAGUAACAGUGGUACAGGUACUCCUUCCGUACGCAUUCCCGAGGGCCACGUAGCCGGGAGAUUGGUUUGUCCCCUGCCUCUCCGCGGUGGUCCUGUUACUGAGGCAUUGCAACGUAGCGUUGGCACCACCAUCUUUGCUAGGCAAGCGGCCGUAUUUACAAAACCUUUACUACAGGCGCCCGUGUGCGUCGGUGUAUCGUUCCUGAGAGUUGACCAACGUCCCUAUGUCUGUGGCAUCAGGGUCCUGUCUGCUAGGUCUGAUAGGGCUUGUAGAGUGGGCGUCAUUAUCCAAGAAAGCGAAAGUAUCGUCGCCUUGAAAGCUGAUGAGGAGUUGGCUGGCUUCCGCGUGGCAUGUCUUGCCAAUGGUGUAGUUGGCUUGGGUGUUCUAGUUCGGCCUGUUGCUAACCCUGAGUGUGCCCCCAUGCUUCAUCCCUUCACAGUGGGCAACCUGGAUACAAGCGCCAGUGGCUUGGGUCUUGCGGACCUUAUCCCUAUCGGCGGAGGCCUUCCAACGGGCAUCAUCGCUGGGCUUGAUGCUGCCUGCAGAAUUGUCUCUCUUCAGCUGCUUGAAAGCCAGUCAUCGGCUGUCUGCAAGGAGCAAGAGGAGAUCCCUAGUGGCCCCUUCGUGAAGGAGGCCACGCAGCCACGCUCACAGGCUGUGCUGUGGAGUCCCUCCAUCCCUCAAAACGCCAACGACAUCAUCACUCCCAAGACAAAGCCAGGAAUGCACGGCUCAGUUGCUGUGCGAGAAGAUCAAGGCUCAGACUUUGUCCUCAACAUCCCUUUUGGCGGUGAAAGAGGAGAGAGACUGAAGACACUCAACAGAAUAGUUGCUUACGCAGAUCCUUACUCGGCGUAUGGGUCGUUCAAGGGCUUCGGCUUCCAUUACGAUGAUGAGCCGGCUGAGGUAUUUUAUGGAGCGAGAAGGGACUACGAUUCCUUUUCGAUCGCGUUCCGCCCGUGCCUUCAGUCAUCAUUUCCCAUCAACGGGAAAGGGGCGAAUUCAUCGACCACAUAUAGAGCUAUUUGGCUUGGUAUUGCAAUGGUAUAA